AGAGAGAGACGAGAGAGAGGAGAGAGAGAGAGGAGAGAGAAGAGGAGUGAUGAGGAGAGAGAAGAGGAGAGAGAGAGAGAGAGAAGAGAAAGAGAGAGAAGGAGAGAGAAGGAG